GCAGACUAAAGUACAAAAAUAUGCCAGUGGAUUUUAACUGGGUUGGUAUUUGUGCAAGGUGAACUCCCUCUUCUGCACCUCCUUUCUCCUCCCUGAAUGAGUCAGCCUCUGGUAGAGAAGCCUCCAAGCUGUUAAGACUCUCAGAUGGAGGACGAUCCUGCUCUUCUGUAAACUGAACUGCAUAACAGAGACCACUGGGUGCCGGGUUCUGGACCUUUUCAUUCAUGGUUUGAAGAGUGCACCAUAAAGAAAACACCUCUGGACAAAAUGACAACCUUCACUGUGGGAAAACCGUCCCCUAACAAAAGUGAUACGAAGAAUGCUUCCAUUGCAAUGAAGAGUAGACAACAAGUUAUUAAUGAGGUCAACAAGAAGAGGACUCUGUUACAAGAUAACAGCUGGAUAAAGAAAAGACCUGAGGAGGAAAACGCUGAUGAAAACUAUGGCAGAGUGGUCCUUAAUCAAUACAAGUCACAAGAUGGUUUACACAGGAGCACAGAUGAAAAGGAUGAUCAAAAAGCUUUGCUCAGCCGAUACAGAUCUGAUACAACUUUAGACAGGAUUCCUGGCAACAGUGAUGCUGACAAAGCAAAUAAGCUUCCCACCUUGGAUGGCAAGCCAAGUAGCAGGAAGGAGCUUGAUGCAUCUAUCAACACUGGCAAUGCCACAUCGCCUGUGAAGAAGAAAAGGCAGUCAUGGAUGCCUCCCCCAGUCUCCAGUCAGAAGGUCACCAUAGAUGAUGAACAACACAAAAGGCAUUCCUGGGCCUCACAAAAUACAACCGCAGCUGUAGCCACCAAUAACAAACCAGUUUCAACUACUUCAAACAAAGGAGGAGGACCAAAGAUGACUAUCUAUUCAUCGGAACCAAUUACAUCUCCAAGGUCAAAUGCUGCCGUGAGUGAUCCAGCCAGAACUAGGCAGAUAUGCCCAGCAAAACCCAGUGAACCAGAUGCUAACAAAACCAUGACAAAAGAGAGAGCUGGGAGAGGCCAAGAACUGGAUGAUCUCAUUGAUGUCAAAACCAAAGGCAAUAAGAGUAACCAGGGAAGUCAAGAGCUGGACAAUCUCAUCCAAGUCAAAACUAAAAGUGAUAAAGGUGAUAAAGGACAGCAAGAUCUUGAUGAUUUCAUCAAAGUGAACCGUACAUCUAAUGGACAUGCCAAGGGAGGAAGUGACCUAGAUGACCUCAUCGCUGUAAAUAACACUCCACAGAAAAACAAAAGAAGCCAAGAACUAGAUGAUCUCAUUGUAGUAAAAUCAUCUCCUGUGGAUCAAAACAAAAAGUGGGCACCAGAGCAAGACCAUGAAUCUGCCAGUAUUUCAGGUGGUCCGUCAGAAAUGAACCAUUUAUACCAGGACACAAGAGGAUCCAGCUGUAUUGCCUCAAGCAGUUACUCAAGUCCAAAGGACACAAUUGUGUACACAAGGACAUAUGAGAAUAGCAGAUUUCCCCAUGAUGCUUAUGAAGACAACAUCCAUGGAAAAUCUAUCAAAACUGUUUACUCUACUUCUGAUAGGGCCGUUAUUGAAAAAGAAAUGUGCACUUACUGCCGGAAGCCCUUGGGCACAGACACAAAGAUGAUUCUUGAUGCCUUGCAGAUUUGCUGUCAUGCAACUUGCUUCAAGUGUGAAAUCUGCAAAGCACCUUUGGAAAACGUGAAGGCGGGAGAUAGCAUUUGGAUUUACAAGAACACAGUGCAUUGUGAACCAUGCUAUUCCACAGUUAAAUCAUCAUGGGCCUACUAAUUUUGACUGAAGACUGUUCAGGUCGAUGGAUCAGCUGCAUGCGUUUAUCUUUAAAAUCAUAUGCUUUUUAGGAUGAGUAAAGAACUCCAAGAAUAAUCAAAAAUGGUAGACAUUU